UUUUCUGAAAUACAAACAUAUAAUAUAUUACAUAAAUUCUAGUUCUUUUACAUCUAGAAUUUUUAGUUAGAUUGUGUAACAGAAGCUAAUCGAAUUCAUCAAUUAAAUUGCAUGUCCUUGGACUUUUGAAAUUUGGGGUUCUUCUACUUGUUUUGUUCUUGGUAUUCUUCUUACCAAUCACACUGUCUUUGUAUUACUUUGCGCCCAAAAUGAGCGGGGAGGAACCAAAAUCUGAAGAGAACGAUACUAUUGUUGGUGGUAAGUUUAAAUUACUGAAUAAAAUUGGUGAAGGCUCAUUUGGCGAUAUAUAUUUUGGUAAGAGCGUCUCAGGAAAUAAGCAUGUUGCUAUUAAAAUCGAAAAAAAGACCAAAUAUGCUACACAAUUACUAAAUGAAAAGUCUAUAUAUAAUUAUUUGGCUGGUGGCUUUGGUAUUGCAAAUGUACAUUAUUUCGGUUGCUAUAAUAAGUGUUAUGUUCUUGUGAUAGACCGAUUGGGUCCAAAUCUGGAGGAAUUAUUUGUAGCUUGCCACUGUCGCUUUUCGAUGAAGACGGUAAUACAAAUAUUUGAACAAUUAUUAGAGCGUCUAGAAUAUAUGCAUUCAAAGGGUAUCAUACAUCGCGAUGUUAAACCACACAACUUUUUAAUUGGUCAUACUGACGGUACUAGAUCAACAAUUUUUAUUAGCGAUUUUGGUUUAUCCAAGUUUUAUUGUGAUCCCAAAUCGAAGAAACAUAUUAAGUUCAGAGAAGACAAGAAACUAGUUGGUACUGUACGAUAUGCGUCCAUUAAUUCACAUUUAGGCUAUGAACAAUCUAGGCGCGAUGAUCUCGAGGCAGUUGGGUACACUGCAAUAUAUUUUGCUAAGGGCAUACUGCCUUGGCAAGGUUUGAAGGCAAAUUCCAAAAAGCAAAAGUACGAAAAAAUUGCUGAAAAGAAAUUAUCGAUUAGUGUUGAGCAAUUAUGCAAAGAAUUACCUGACGAGUUUGUUAUAUACUUGAAUUAUAUCCGCAAUUUGCUUUAUGACGAGGAUCCUGACUAUGAUUAUCUACUUAGCUUAUUUAAAAAUUUGCAUAAAAUUUUGAACUACAAGCGUGAUAAUCACUACGACUGGUUGGAUGAUAAGGGUAAAUUGCGUCUAAAGAGUGAAAAGGAGAAAAAAGAAAAGGCCAAAAAAGAAAAGCAAGCUGCUAAGGUCAAAAAAACUAAAAAGGUACAAGAUAUAAAACAAACAGUUACUCAAAAUUAAGUUCGAUACACCAAUACAACAGUUUCAAUAUAUUGUUCUAAUAUUUUCUAUAUUAUAU